AUGAGUUAACUCUGCUGAAAGACUUUUCUGUUUCUUCUGGGCACUUUAACUUAAACAACAUGUCUGCUGCCGGAUGAGUAGUUUUUGUCUGUUGUGUGCAUUGAAAAACAGCUGGAUUGAUAAUGGAAUAUGAAAAUCAAGAUUUCUCACGUGGUCUCUUUGGGCAACAAGACGAACUCUUCCUGGAGAAUGACAUUUCUGGAGGAGACGACUUAUUCGCAGUAGUUGAUCAUUCUUAUAGUUCACCGGAGAAAGUGAUUGAGGAUUGGAUUCUAAGCACAAGGUUGAAUGACAGUGAGUCAGAGGAUGUUCUUCACACAAUAAUUAACCCUAAUGACGUCUACAAUUCAGCACCCCCAGCAGAGUCCUCAGAGAGUGACAGUGGGAUUUCUGAUUAUCAGCCUUCUGACAGUCCUCAGCACAGUGUCACAAGCCAACAAGAGUCCAGUUCUGCUGCCAUCUUUGAGGUUGUGUAUGACAUUGGUUCCUUAGAUGGAAUAAAAACAGAGCCAGUACAAGAUGACCUGGAUGUUAUAUCCAUAAAACUAGAUGACUGGAGCACACCAGUGCUGAUUCCCGAUGCCUGCAUUGUAAAUGAGCUUCCAGGUUUAGCAACACUGAAGACUAGCACAUUGCCAGCAUCUAUUCCAGUGUCAGUUCUUUCUGGAGAGCAUUACCCAGAACUAGUACUUACAGAAGAGGAGAAGAAGUUACUUUGUCAAGAAGGAGUCUCAUUACCAAGUAACCUACCACUGACUAAGGCAGAGGAGCGAAUAUUGAAGAAAGUUCGUCGGAAGAUCAGAAACAAGCAGUCUGCUCAGGACAGCAGACGACGAAAGAAAGAGUAUAUUGAUGGACUAGAGAGCAGGGUGACGGCUUGCUCAUUACAGAACAUGGAGCUGCACAAAAAAGUGGAGCAGCUAGAGAAAAAUAACAUGUCCCUGGUAGCCCAGCUUCGGAAAUUACAGUCUCUCAUAAAGCAGACCUCAAGCAAAGCAGCUCAGACAGGCACUUGCAUUCUGAUUUUUAUCUUCUCCUUGGCAUUGAUCCUUUUCCCAAGCUACAGUCCUCUUUGGUCACGAACUGCUGUCCACGAGGAUGACUAUAAACCAAUGGGAGUGAUUUCGAGAAACAUUUUGAAUGAUCCAGAAGCAUCAAAAAGUGCAGAACUUGCGGAAAGUUUCAAUGCUGGUAAGCAGAUGCCCAUAGAGCUUACCCAGCAGGAAGAGAAACACAACUUGUCUAGCAAAGACAUGUCCGACCUUUACAUUUCCAAGAAAAAUGGUGGCCAGCUAUUGGUGGAAGUUAAAAAUGGAAAUAUUGCAGAAUCCUUUGAAGCUCCACAAAAAGCUGUAUCAGAGGCUGAUGAAACCAGAGGUCUUGCAGAAAUUGGAAAUAGAGACCACAUUGAAGAAGCUUCCUCCCAGAAGGGGCAUGGUCCUUCCAUAGAUUCUAUGAAAUCUGCUCAUGCAGAUGAGAUGUGACAACAGUAGGUAUCUCUCUUGUGUCAAGGGAGAUGAUAAAGGGAGAUGAUUAUUUUCAUCUGCACAGAAACUUCAUUUGUAGAGUCUGUGCCAGAAAACGCGAUGUUUUAUAUUCUACUGUGAAGCGAAGAAUAAGACUUGUCAGUUUAUCAUGGAAUAUAGUACAUGGGUAAGACACUCUGAACAGAAAACUGUGGAAUUACCUGUGAACUACACAUGACAGUCUCUCAGUACUCCAAACUCUAUCACUCCAAAGCAACUAUCUUUAUGAAAAUUACUAAUUGCUGCAGAAUGCUGCUUCAUGGGGCAUAGCCCAACUUUACCAAAGCCGCUGUAAAUGUAAAAGAUGCUGCUUUGAGAGAAAGCCAUUAGAAAGCAACUUAGAGCACACAUUCCAUUGCAGGCUUUUGCUAACUGAUGGCAACAUUUAUUUAUUUUUUUUGCUUAAGAAUGUAGAAUGUGAAGAGGAAAAAAUGACUCUCAAAAGUGUUUGCAAUUCUUACAUGGGUCGAGUGUGCAGGGCAUAAGGGCACUUUGGUUAUUUAUUUCUAACUAUUAUCUGCUAUUUAUUGGAGAUUAUGAAAUGGCUGUUAGUUACAUGGUUAGGACACUGAGAGACUACUUGUAAACUGUGCCUUGUACUCACUCUGCAAAGCACUGUUGUAAACAUGGGUGGAAAAUACAGCCCAACCCAUCUUCACUCAAAACAAGUUUCUUAAAAUUAAUACUUACAAAAAAGUAUUUAAGCUUUUAAAUAGAUUCACUGCAUAGUUCAUUCUGUUCUAGUUUACAGCAUUUUACUUCUUAGUUUGUACUAAAUUUAAGAAUUUUUUAUGUUUGUAUGGAGAGGGCUUUACUAAUAGCUGAUUGAACAUCCUUAUUCAGUAGGUCAGAUAAGGGAACGUUUUCAUAUCAGGCAUAUUCUAUACUGAAGUUUGACUACUUGCAAAGUGUUAGUUGAAGCCUUUUUUGUGUAUUUUUAGUUCUGCAAUGACAGUUAGUCAUGUUGAAAAUCAAGAGUCUGUGCCUUUUUAAAUUUUGAAAAUCACAACCUGAAUGACAGUUGUUUUGAUAUGUCAGGAAUGUGAGGAAGACCAUUCUUAAAACUAAAAUGGUAAACUCAGCUAAGGGGCUGCAUUGUGAGUGGUUGUUGAUGUAGAAGAUUAAAAUGUAUUUUCUUUUGGGAAGUGCUAUGCAUAGGAAUAGCUCCUAUAUCAAAAAAAGCCUACUUUUUUGUUUAAGACUAUUCCGUUGGAUAUCUUUAAUGGAACAAGAAGUAGCUGAACCAUGUCUCUUGAAAGUUUGAUUUGAUGUCUGAUCUACAGUUUGUCUUCAAGCAUUUGCCUUUUUAAGUGAACUGUAAUUUAAACAUUUAUAUUUUAAUAAGAUUAAAUUUAACUAUUUAUAUGAAGAAUUAUGAAAGAGAGCUAUAAAUUAUCUUUUUUAUUGAUGGGUUUUUAAUGGUAGAAAAAAAAAUUCUGUAAUUCCAAUGAAUAAACAGUUUUUCUCUAA